GGCAUAUACCAACCCCUACUCCAACUCCUAAUUAAAUACCCACCUCCUGAUUUCCAUGAAAACGAUGAGAAAAAAAAAGGAAAAGGAAAAAAAUUCCUUCAACACUAGCCUCACAUAAUCCUCCUCCUCUCGGGAUCCUUCGUUUUCACUUUCAAUCGCUCUCACUUAUGCAUUGCAAGUCUCAGUCUUUGGAGUUGAGCAGCUAAAGGGUAUUGUUUUCUCCAGGUGAGGGAAAUACUUCAUGGGAAUGGCGAGCGGAGCAGUGCCAGCUUCCUUCUCGGGGCUGAAGAGCCGGGACAGCGGGUUGGGAUUCGUAAAGAGCAUGGAUUUUGUAAGGUUUUCUGAUCAGCAGAGAGUCAGGUCUCACCGAAAGAAGAUCACCGUGAUCAGGAAUUGCAAACCUGCUUCCGAGAUACAACUCGAGCCUGCAUCGGAGGGGAGCCCAUUAUUAGUUCCCAGGCAGAAGUACUGCGAGUCUUUGCACAAAACAGUCAGGAGGAAGACGCGGACAGUGAUGGUGGGAAACGUGGCUCUUGGAAGUGAACAUCCCAUAAGAAUACAGACGAUGACUACAUCUGAUACUAAGGACGUUGCUGGAACAGUUGAACAGGUGAUGAGAAUUGCUGACAGGGGAGCUGAUAUUGUCCGGAUAACAGUUCAAGGAAAGAGAGAAGCAGAUGCAUGCUUUGAGAUAAAGAACUCUCUUGUACAGAAAAAUUACAAUAUCCCACUGGUGGCAGAUAUUCAUUUCGCACCUUCUGUUGCAUUGCGGGUGGCUGAAUGCUUUGACAAGAUUCGUGUUAAUCCAGGAAAUUUCGCUGAUAGAAGGGCUCAGUUCGAGCAGAUAGAGUACACAGAUGAUGAGUAUCAGAAAGAACUUGAGCACAUUGAGCAGGUAUUCACUCCGUUGGUUGAGAAGUGUAAGAAGUAUGGAAGGGCGAUGCGCAUUGGCACAAAUCAUGGUAGUCUUUCAGAUCGUAUCAUGAGCUACUACGGGGAUUCUCCUAGGGGAAUGGUCGAAUCUGCAUUUGAGUUUGCAAGAAUAUGCCGGAAGUUAGAUUUCCACAAUUUUGUCUUCUCAAUGAAAGCAAGCAAUCCAGUUGUCAUGGUUCAGGCAUACCGUCUUCUCGUUGCUGAAAUGAAUGUUCAGGGAUGGGAUUACCCAUUACACUUGGGAGUGACUGAAGCUGGAGAAGGUGAAGAUGGACGCAUGAAGUCUGCAAUUGGCAUUGGAACCCUUCUUCAGGAUGGUUUAGGUGAUACAAUCAGAGUCUCUCUUACUGAACCACCUGAGGAAGAGAUAGAUCCCUGUAGAAGGCUGGCAAAUCUCGGAAUGAGAGCAGCAAAGCUUCAAAAGGGUGUGGCACCAUUUGAGGAAAAGCACAGACAUUAUUUUGACUUCCAGCGACGAUCGGGUCAAUUGCCAAUGCAAAAGGAGGGCGAGGAGGUGGAUUACAGAGGCGUCCUCCACCGUGAUGGUUCUGUUCUCAUGUCUGUCUCCUUAAAUCAGUUGAAGGCCCCAGAAAAUUUCUACCGUUCUCUUGCUACAAAGCUCGUUCUUGGAAUGCCAUUUAAGGAUCUGGCAACAGUAGACUCAAUUUUACUGAGAGAGCUUCCACCAGUUGAUGAUGCUGAUGCUCAACUAGCUCUCAAAAGAUUGAUAGAUGUAAGCAUGGGCGUUAUAACUCCUUUAUCAGAACAGCUGACAAAGCCGUUGCCCCAUGCCAUGGUUUUGGUCAAUCUGAAGGAAUUGUCAUCCGGUGCUCACAAGCUCUUGCCAGAAGGCACACGCUUGGUUGUGUCCUUACGUGGAGAUGAGCCAUAUAAAGAGCUGGAAAUACUUAAAAGUGUGGAUGCCACAAUGCUUUUUCAUAAUCUCCCACUUAAUGAAGAAAGAACCAGCAGAGUGCAUGCAGCAAGGAGGCUAUUUGAGUUUCUACAAGAAAAUGCUCUUAAUUUCCCCGUUAUUCACCAUCUUCAAUUUCCAGAUGGGACUCACCGGGACGACCUGGUAAUUGGCGCGGGAACAAAUGCGGGAGGCCUUCUGGUAGAUGGACUUGGUGAUGGAGUCCUCCUAGAAGCCCCCGGCCAAGAUUUUGAGUUUCUGAGAAAUACUUCUUUCAAUCUGCUGCAAGGUUGCAGAAUGCGAAACACAAAGACGGAAUAUGUGUCGUGCCCUUCCUGUGGCAGGACGUUGUUUGACCUUCAAGAAAUAAGUGCAGAAAUACGAGAGAAGACAUCUCACUUACCCGGUGUUUCGAUUGCAAUUAUGGGCUGCAUCGUAAAUGGACCAGGAGAGAUGGCUGAUGCAGAUUUUGGUUAUGUUGGCGGUGCUCCUGGAAAGAUAGAUCUUUACGUUGGGAAGACUGUGGUCAAGAGAGGAAUUGCGAUGGAGCAUGCGACUGAUGCCUUGAUUCAGCUGAUAAAGGAUCACGGUCGCUGGGUAGACCCUCCUGCUGAGGAAUAAGAUUAAAAGCAUAAUCCCCAUUUCAAGAUGGUUAUAUGACAGCAUUUGGACGGCAAACCACUUAUGUCUAUUCUACAUAAGUUGUCACACCAUUUACACUAUUGUACAACAUAGGAAGAGAAUAAUCACCUAAUUAUUGAGCUGCAGUGUAUGUACCACUUGUUCUAUUGUUCUGAGGGGAAACGGUACUGCGAUGAUACUAGUGAUGAUGAUUGAUGUCCGAGCCA